GCUUAGAAAAAAAUAAAAAAAAAAUAUUUCUGUGAGGUUUGAGUUUGUUUCUCAGAAUAGUUUAGAAACAAAAAUGGCGACGACGGUACCUUUGUUCAGCCAAUUCACCUGCAAAACCCUAGUCAGCAGCUCAACGACUUCUACAUUCCAAUCAAAAUCUCCGAUUCUGUUACCCAUCAAUCCAAUCAAUCGGCGAAUCGCUGUUCAUCGGCACGAUUUCAAGAUCCGAGCCAGUGACGUCAAUGACGAGUGGGGUCCGGACUCCAAGGGCCGAGGCAGUGACGUUGACGACGAGUGGGGCCCCGAGAUAGGAUUGAACUCAUCGGUGGCGGAGAAAGUGGCAGAAGAAGCCAUCGAGUCUGCGGAGGAGACGGAGCGGCUUAAGAGAGUGCUAGCGGGUUCUUUGUACGGAACAGAUCGAGGUCUAAGCGCAUCGAGCGAGACGAGAGCGGAGAUCAGUGAGCUGAUAACGCAGCUCGAGUCCAAGAACCCUAACCCUGCUCCUAACGAGGCUCUGUUUCUCCUCAACGGCAAAUGGAUUCUCGUCUAUACAUCGUUUGUUGGCCUGUUCCCAUUGCUCUCACGCAGAAUCUCACCGUUGGUUAAAGUGGAUGAGAUCUCACAAACCAUUGAUUCCGACAGCUUCACCGUACACAACUCUGUCCGGUUCGCUGGUCCACUUGCAACAACAUCGCUUAGCACCAACGCUAAAUUCGAAGUCCGAAGUCCUAAACGCGUCCAGGUCAAGUUUGAGCAAGGCGUUAUCGGAACUCCACAACUAACGGAUUCGAUUGAAAUCCCGGAGUUCGUCGAGGUUCUCGGUCAGAAAAUCGAUCUCGACCCCAUCAGAGGGCUACUUACAUCGGUCCAAGACACGGCUUCUUCAGUGGCUAGAACCAUUUCAAGCCAGCCACCGUUGAAAUUCUCUUUGCCUGGAGACAGUGCACAGUCGUGGCUGCUCACCACUUAUCUCGACAAAGACCUUCGGAUCUCUAGAGGCGAUGGUGGAAGCGUCUUUGUGCUCAUCAGAGAAGGAAGCUCUCUCUUAAACCCUUAAGUCAUCGUUACUACUCACAUCACAUCCGUAUAGUAACUUAUAUAGAACCAUAAGUCUGUGCUUAAUAAUGUUGUAACUGUUAUAUACUUUACUCGUUGGAGAGUUGUAAAUGGAUGUAACUCAUGGAAUAUAUAUAUACAUAUCGAUACGUAAUUAAACCGCC